AUGUAUGCAGCUGGCGACGAUGCCGAAGAUAUUUUAAAAGUUUUACCCCUCACGGACGAACAGAAGAAGUCCUAUGACGCGGUGACAGAGGCUUUCACGGCGCACUGUGUCAGCAAGCGGAACGUUAUCUUCGAAAGAGCGCGCUUCAACAGACGAAACCAAGAGCCCGUACAAGCCCGACAAGAGGAUUUUAAGGCUCAGUACCCUACAGUGUUUUCAGGCUUGGGAAAAUUUAAGGAGCCCUAUAAAAUAGAGCUGGAGCCAGGUGCGGUCCCGUAUGCUUUGUCAUCCCCACGCCGCGUGCCUCUACCACUGCGAGACAAGGUGCAGGCGGAGCUGAAGCGUAUGGAGGACAUGGGGGUGGUUUCAAAAGUGACCCAGCCCACACCCUGGUGCGCAGGCAUGGUUGUGGCGCCAAAAGCUCAGCCAGGAAAGAUUCGGCUGUGCGUGGACCUGACGCACCUGAACAAGUGGGUGCGGAGAGAGAGACAUAUCCUCCCAGCAGUAGACCACACACUAGCCAUGCUGGCCGGGGCAAAAGUGUUCACGAAGCUGGACGCAACCUCCGGUUUCUGGCAGAUCCCAUUGUCGGAGGAAAGCCAGCUCCUCACUACAUUCAUCACCCCAUUCGGGCGAUAUGCAUUCAAUCGCCUACCAUUUGGCAUCUCAUCAGCCCCGGAGCACUUCCAGCGCCGCAUGUCGCAGAUGUUGGAGGGGUGCGACGGAGUGGUGUGUCAUGCGGACGACAUAGUCGUGUAUGGAGAGGACAUACAGCAGCACAAUGAGAGACUGCACCAGGUGCUGAAGAGACUGAGAGAUGAAGGACUCACGCUGAACGAAAAAUGUGAGUUUACAAAAGAUAAUAUCAUGUUUGUGGGUCAUCGUGUCACAGCAGGUGGCGUGACACCUGAUCCAGAUAAGGUCAGAGCCAUCAUGGAGAUGCCCGAACCAAAGGGAGUGGAAGACGUGAGGAGAGUGAUGGGGAUGGUGAACUAUUUGGGCAAGUUUUUACCCCACUUUGCGUCAUACACCAGACCAAUUAAAGACCUGCUCUGUGAGAAGAACGAGUUUUGCUGGGGAGCGCCACAGAGGGAGGCGUUCCAGAGACUUAAAAUAGAACUGAGCUCACCACGGGUGCUGGCCUCGUACUCAACCACAGCAGAGACGUGUGUGUCGGCAGACGCCUCAUCCUUUGGCCUGGGGGCUGUUCUCAGUCAACAACAGAGUGAUGGAACGUGGAGGCCCAUCAUGUUCAUCUCCAGGGGCCUGUCCGAGGCCGAAAAACAUUAUGCACAGAUCAAAAAGGAGGCUUUGGCUGCGACGUGGGCAUGCGAAAGGUUGAUGCCCUAUCUCCUGGGACUGAAGUUCAGGUUAGAGACAGACCAUAAACCUCUAGUGCCACUCCUGAGUACCAAGGCGCUAGAUGAACUCCCUCCCAGGGUGCUGAGAUUCAGACUGAGACUGAUGAAGUUCGCGUUUGACAUUGUGCAUGUGCCAGGCAAGAGUUUAAUAACAGCAGACACAUUAUCAAGAGCCCCUGUAGGACACACACUCACACAGGAGGAAAAAGAAAACGAGGCGGAGGUUAAAGUUUUUGUGGAUGCUGUCAUCCAAAGCCUCCCCGCCACUGAAACAAGACUGAAGGUAAUACAAGAAAAACAGAAAACUGACCCUGUGUGUGCAAAGCUUAUCAGAUACUGCAAGACAGGCUGGCCGGAGAAAAGUGCCAUUUCUUCAGAGCUGGGGCCAUAUUGGCCUAAAAGAGCGACACUAACAUUAGCAGGAGAGCUGCUUCUCAGGGGCCAAAGAAUCGUCAUUCCCCACGACAUGAGACAAGAGAUCCUCAACAACCUCCACAGUGGCCAUCAAGGUAUUGUCAAGUGCAGAGCGAGAGCACAACAGUCCGUCUGGUGGCCAGGACUGUCCGUACACAUCAGUCAGCUGGUGGAGAACUGUAACACAUGCUCACAGCACAGGGCAGAGCACCGAGAGCCUUUGCUGACCACCCCGGUACAGGAGAGACCCUGGCAAAGAGUUGGUACAGACUUAUUCUUCUGGGAGAAGAAGACUUAUCUCCUUAUAGUGGACUAUUUCUCACGUUACAUUGAAGUUGCCCACCUCCAUAUUGCCUCAGCCAACACAGUAAUUGCAGCUCUGAAAGAAGCAUUUAGCCGCCAAGGGAUACCAGACACAGUUGUGUCUGAUAAUGGAUCACAAUACUGCUGUGAGAUGUUCAGAGACUUUUCCACAGAGUACGGGUUUACACACAUCACAAGUAGCCCAAGAUACCCGCAAGCAAAUGGAGAGCUGUGGUGCGGUGGCUACCAUAACAGGACUUUGGAAAGGAGGAGGUGA